AUGAAGGCAAAUUCGGCCUUGAUAAGUGCCUUUGUGGCCCUCUCAGCAGGCGUUGAGGCUCGAAAUCUGGUUCCCAAACAAGCCAGAGCCACGGCCUCUGUUGCUCUGGCCGACGAUGGAAUGUCUCCAAGACCUACUCCCCCGCCUGGUUGGGAUAGAUUCGAGCCCAAACAUUUGUUCGGGAGAGCCACCUCGACUCAGACGCCGCUGACCAUGAUGAUCGCCCCGGACAAUACCUGUGGUUGGAUCUCUGGCAGCUACGCUGUUCCAUAUAGCUGUGGCCUUGGCGCUACUUGCGGCCUCGUGCAGGCUCAGAAAACUUUCUCAGGAAUGAUCAUGUGCUAUAAUAGCGUUGCAUUCAACUUCAGAUUCGCAUGUGUCGAUUACAACAUGUACCAGUCAAGCUCCUGCGAUCAUCUGUGUGCCGAAAACACACAGAUUGUCAAGUGCACGAACAAGGUUUACCCCUACUGCAAUACAGUUGCCUUCCCUGGCAAUAUCACCGACUACUGGUGCAACUCAGUCAGCUACUCAACAGCUCAGGGUGCCUACACCACCUACGUUGGGCAAACUGAAGUCAGAAGCUACUCUCGCUUUGUCCAGACCUUUUCCAGCACACUUCCCAGCACUGCCACCCUCGGUGUCCCAACCGCCACGGGGGCAGACGCCAGUGCAUCAGCUUCAGCUACUCAAACUGGAAACAAUGGUAACAACAGCAGCGGCGGCGGAGGAGGCGACAGCGGCAGCAAGACCCCCGUUGGUGCCAUCGUGGGUGGUGUGGUCGGUGGUGUGGCCGCCAUCGCCAUCGGUCUUCUCGCGCUUGUAUUUUUCCUCCGCAGGAACAAGAAGAAUAGCGGCAAGUCGCAAACCACUUCGACGACCGACCAUUCCCCCAUGCCACCAAACGCUACUCCCGGCGCCCCCAUGGCACAAUCCUACUACGGCGGUCCUCCUCUGCCUCAGGGAUAUCCUCCCCAGAAGCCGUACCCUCAGAACACGCCUUCGCCUCCUGUCGGCUAUUACUCCCCUGGCGGCGGCGUCGAUCCCAGCUCACCGACGCAAUCACAGAUGACGGACCCACGAAUGAGCCAUUUGACUACGAGUCCAGCACCGACUUGGACAAACUCGUACGGAACAACGCCGCCGGUUCAGCAGCAGCCAGCGGGUUUCCAACCCAUGGGUGGCACACCGCCUAUUCAAGGACAUCCUCAGAGUCAGACUCAACCUCAAUCGCAACCACAGCCGCAGCCGCAGCCGGAGCCGCAGUCGCAGCCCCAGGGAGUUGUGCACGAAGUCCCUGCCCAGACUGGUGAGAAUCAUCGCGGUCAUAUGCAUGAAUUGGCAUAA